UCCUCGCCGGUUGCCUGGAACUUGCUCUCCGUUUGCCGCCCGCUGAUGAUGCUUGCCCAAAAGCUACAAGCUCUCCCAACUGUCCCCCUAUAUAUUUGUCGCGGGUGAAUCUCGAAGCCACAGCCCGCACAGGUCCACCGUCCACACAGUACACACACCCACACGCUGACACACAUGACCGUCGUUCCAUCAAGCAGAGGGGUCUAGAGAUCUUUUUUUUCUUCAAAAAGCAACACACACAAAGAAGAAAGAACAAUUGAGCAGGGCUUGCAAAGAUGCUGCGGGAUUAACAUGUUGGAUCUGGUCCCGACGGUUUUCGACCAGCACGGCUGCCUCAUCGUGUCGGUGUCAUCUUUCCUGAUCAUGGUCCUGCUCCAGCUCCAGCCUCUGGUCGACAACUUCAGCUCGGCGAGGAGGAGCAUACGCUCGGCGUCGCGGGCGGUCGUGCGCCUCCUCGCCCGCGACGACAGCGUCGUCCUCGGCGCGGACGACGACGAGGAGGACGACAGCGGCGUUGGCGGCGUGGUGGCACCUCCGCGGCAAGCUCGUCGGCAUUGCGAGCGGUGCGCUCGUCGGAGGGGCGCGUCGCGGCCGGACGUCGCGGCGGUGAUGGCGAGGCUCGGGCUGCUGCCCGGCGGCGGGGUCGACGGCGCGGGCGGCGGGGAUGGCGGGGAGGCGUGCGGCGGGUGCGAGGCGGCGUGGGCGGUGGACGACCUGCUGGAGAGCAAGGUCGCCAGCGAGGCCGAGCUGCGGGAGGCCUUCUACGUGUUCGACCGCGACGAAGACGGGUUCGUGAGCCCCAGCGAGCUGUGGAACGUGAUGCGGCGGCUCGGGAUGCCCGAGGGUGCGCGGCCGGAGGACUGCCGGAGGAUGAUCGCCGCGCACGACGCCGACGGCGACGGCAGGAUCAGCUUCCGCGAGUUCAGGGCCAUGAUGGAGAACGCGGUUUGAUGAUCCGUUAGUGAGCAGCUUGCUUAUUAGCGCGCCUUGCGUUGUUUCAUCUUCGAUACUUGUUUUCGUUGGACAUCGAUGAGUUGGCAAUUAGCAUGCAUUACUGUGCUUGUAAUCCAUACAUGUUAAGCAGCACUUCAAAUCUCAC